CUAUCCCCUCCUCCCCGGUUUCAAUCCUGUCUCUGAAGACUCCUCCCAAAUUCUCAACUGCUGCCGCUGCCGCCGCUGCUUCUUCCUCCUACUCUCGGCGACUCGUCUCCACAAUUCAUCCCCCCUCUUCGUCGUCGGCGGCGGCGGGGACGACGGGGCACAGCCGAGAACCCAGGUUGCCAGGACCAGCGGCAACUCCAAGCUUGCUUCUUGGUGCUUCUUCUUCUUCUUCUGCUUCAGCGCAGCGCGAGAUCCGUCGGAGCCGAGCCGAGCUGAGCUGACCCCAUUGGACUGAACUUUAGGGGGCGUAAUGGACAACACCCAAUUCGCCAUGAUUGAGGAGCUGGCCUCGCUCAUCAAGGACAACCUCUACAGCAAGCACCUCGUCCUCUCCACCGAGGAGAUCCUCGUCACCCUCCUACAGCACAGCUACCUCGAUGACGACGAUGAACACGACCGCGCCACAACUGAAGCAAGUCGCGGGGCAGCUGGGAAUACCAUAGAGCUCCAGCCCACCAGCUCCUACAAUCGCCUCCUUUUGCAUCGUCUCGCCGACAUAUAUGGGUUUGCUCACGAAUCUGUUGGCGAGGGUGAGGAUCGGCAUUUGGUUCUCCAGCGCUGCCCUGAGACAGCCAUCCCUCCCGUCCUUGUCAGCGAUGUGUUGUGGAAUUAUGACGACGGUGAUGGUCCUUCAGCCUCUCUCAUGCUAGCGAGAAAUGAGACAGAUCUUCAGAAAAUUUAUGAGCCAGAAAAUGUCCAAGACGCUAUUUCUCUUGAAAGCUUGCAUCUGAAAACUGAUACACCAGUUUCGAAGCCAUUGCCGCAGUUGGUGCCACCUUCAGCAGCAUCGCUUAAGGAGAGGGAAGCUGCUUAUCGGGCUGCUCGUGAGCGAAUCUUCUCUUCACAUGAAGCCAAGGGAAACGACACAUCAGCAGCAAAAUCUAGGCAUGUUCCUGCUGUUGCUCAACGGAUGAUCGCACACGCACUUGGUAAGAGAGUUGAAGAUCCAACAGAGAGAGCUGCCUUGGAGAAAAUCAAAGGGAAGGAACUGGUAAAUGGAAGAACUAGUCCCACGAGUAAAGAAGCAGGGAAACACAACUCAAGCUCACCUGGUGGUGGUCCGUGUCGGAACCCAUCUGCUCGAAGCCGUCCUACACCUACUGUUAGCGCCGAGACGCUCAAGAAAGAACAGACUGGAGCGGCUAAAAGGAUGUUUGCACAUGCGUUGCGGCUCCCUGGUGUUGAGAUGCCCAAUGGCGAGGCCCGAAAACCCAAGUAAGAAGAGCUGGAGAUGAAUGAAAUUCCGAGAAUGCAUGGGCUGGGGCUGCCUUGACUGCCGUGCCCCGUGUGAUGGAGCUGGAAGCCCUUGCUGUGCCAGCCUGCUCUUAUCUUAUGGAGUGGCACUUGUGAUGGAUGUUAGAAGCAGAUGAAAGGAUUGGCUGUUCAAAUCAGCCGGUGUGAGACAAUGCGCCGUAACCUUUAUUUUGCCUCCCUUGACUCGAGUUGAGUCGAAGAAAAACCUGAGGGCACGCGGUGAGAAGGCUGAAUCCAAAGUGGCCGUUCCCUGUUAGAAUUAGAAUUGUGCUAGCAAGUAGUGGUGUUGGAUGUUUGCCAACAGAAAGAAAUGUUCUUGUUAGCGCCUACCCCAGUCCAGUGAGUGUUUUUGGCUCUCCAACCUGCUGUAUCGUUCUUAGCUUAUAUACUAACCUCUCUUUGCAGAGGGAGUACCACUUUGGUGUAUCUUACUAUCUUAGUUUGGUUUUGAAGGGCUUAGUUCCCAAACAAUGUUUUAUAGUUGAUGCAUGAAAUUCGUUCUUUUUUCGAGAAAAAGCA